AUGUUACUGUAUCAGACCAUGCUUGGUCUCCAUCCUCGGGUGCCCAGUAUGCAGUUUUACAAACAACGACCCGCGAAUUCAAGACUCACCAAAUCACCUUCCAUAGGACUUAUGACCAUCUCGGCCGAUGUUCGCCUCCUCAUUCUUGAAUCUCUCCUCAUCGACUCUGAUAUUAUUAGGCAGGAAGAAGACAGUCCUCGAAACAUCGCGUAUGGAAACUGGUCCAGAGCUAGCACCUUCUCGGAUCUCAUCAACAUAUCUUUGACAUGCAAGACACUGUACCGUGAAGCCCGUGAGGCAUUCUACACGUACAACACACUCUAUCUCCGAAAAUGUCGGCGAAGGGGCAUUGCCUGA